AUGUUUGUUUUCAGUUUAACUAAAUCCUUCAAACGUUUGCCUACUGGUGGUAGUUGUAUUUCAAAUACGCCGAGUAAUGGCUAUGUUGCUCGUUAUACAACACAAAAGAGCUUUUUCAAUCGGAAACAAGAACUUGUUAAGUUUAAAAAUGCAUUUAGUGCUCCUGAUCCAAAACUUCAUGUUGUUCUAGGUCCCCCUAGUAGUGGAAAAACUGCAUUGAUCCAUGAGAGACAUAUGAAAUUCUUGACAAAAAUGCUUCAACAAGGGGAAACCAGUGCUGUGACGGACGAUUUACAGUUAAAAUUUAAACCAUUUGGUGAGGGUCCAUUUAAUGAGAAAGAGCCAACUUGUGAUUUCAAAAAAGGGAAAAGUUCUUCUCAAUUCAAUUCUGAACUGGCUUGUGGUGAAUACGAAACAGGAGAACCGCUUCCAUGUUAUUUGAGUAAGGAAGAUGCUGAAGAAUAUUUUGAAAUGAGUGUUCUUCAUAAAUAUGAAUGCAAAGAACUCAGAGGCAAAUUUGACCACAUUCGCAGAAUAACAGGUACACGAAUGCUCAUUAUUGAUAUUAUUGAUAUGUAUGUUGCAGAAUACAAAAUUUACGAAGGAAAGCUUAAAGAAUAUGGUAAAUUGAUACGUGGUCUUUAUCCUGAGAGCUUGAAAUCUCCAGUUAAGCCUCAUCUACCACUUUGGGAAAAAUCGCAUUUAAUCACGACUAUGGAAGCAAUAGUGAAGGCAGAGGAUCAAGGACUCAUUUAG